UUCACAAAUGAGAACCAGGAAGUAGUUAGCUCCCUUAUUUUGUAUAUUUUGCUAUCAUAUGAUUUGACAUGAAAAAUGUCAUCAGAAAAGUUCGAAAAUCUAGAAGAUGAUCUGUCUUCAGCUAUAGAUAAACUACGUCCACAUGUUGAGAGUAUUUCAAGUUUCACAGGCGAACAAAAGAAGAAUGCUAUCCGUCAGGCAGAGAAGAAAAUUGAGGAGGCAAAUUUUAUUAUCCAGGAAAUGGAAAAUGAAGCCAAGGCCGCUCCUGUCCAGUAUAGAACACAAAUGUUAGGUCGCCUCAGAACAUACAGACGUAACCUAGAUCAGCUCACAAAAGACUUGAAAAGGAAGAGUGAAUCAGGAUUUUUUCAAGCAGAAAAUUAUGGCUUCGACAGAGAUGAUAGAUUAGAAGCGUCUCAGAGAAGUAGACUGGUACAAGGUCACCAGUCACUGAACAGAGCUAGUGAGAGUAUAGCUCGGUCACACCAGAUAGCUGCAGAAACAGAAGAAAUUGGUACAGAGACACUCGUGGAGCUUGGGCGCCAAAGAGAAGUGCUAACUCGCACUAAAGAUAGGUUACAUGAUACAGAUGCUAAUUUAGGAAAGAGCAGAAAAAUACUGAAAACAAUGGCAAUGAGGAUGAUGACCAACAAGAUGAUAUUAAUUGUGAUAAUUUUGUUAGAACUUGGAAUACUUGGUGGUGUUGUAUAUUGGAAAUUCUUUUCAUAGUAACAUAGUGAAAUUAACUCCUGCAGGGCAAUUAAAAGGAACAUUUGUGUGGCAGAUGUCUGUGAAGUUAGUGACAACACAGUCAGGGAAGUGUUUUCAGUACACAAAUCUCAAAUGAAUACAGUGAGCUGUGCUUCAGUGAAAUGAAAAUAGUUUUUGUUUUCAUUUUCAAAUAAAAAAGAUAGGCUGGUAUAGUUCACUAUUAGAAGUUGUAAAUUUGAAAGAGUAAAUGUUUUUGAUAGGUUGUAUUCAGUACUUGAAAAUUGAUUUAGCAUUUAUUAUGGCAGUCAGUUUGUCAUCUAAAAUGAAAGUUCUUCAUUUUGAUGUAAAUUUUUAGCUAGAUUAUUUGAGCCGCACCAUGAGAAAACCAACAUAGUGCAUUUGCGACCAGCAUGGAUCCUGACAAUACUGUUCCUUUUCAAGGCUAUUGGAAUUAGAGAAACUGUUAGUGAACAGCAUGGAUCCUGACCAGACUGCACGGAUGCGCAGGCUGGUCUGGAUCCAAGCUGGAUGCAAAUGCACUAUGUUGGUUUACUUGAGGUGCAGCUCAAAUUUUGAAGAAUAAGUAUAGCUAUUGGACUCACCUGUGCUUUGAUGUCUGCGUACACAUUCCGAUUUGAUUAAGUUUUUGUAUGUGAGCUGUAUCUCAGGGAAUGGAUUAAAACUUCACACACUUAUUCACUGUGAUAAACUUACUUACAUUGCACAGGUUCAAGUCUACGUUGCUUUCCCCUUUUCGACUUAGCAAUAAUUAAGUUAUUAAGUUUUUGUAUGUUAGCUGGUAUCUCAGUAUCCUCUAAUGGGAAUAGAUUGAAACUUCACACACUUGAUGAUCUGACAUGCAAUGCACAUGUACCAUAACUCUACUUUGCAUUUUCACAAAAUUAUGUCUCUUUUUCGACUUAGUAGUUUUUGUUUGUAAGCUGGUUUCUUAGUACCCACUGAUGGGAAUAGAUUGAAUUUUCACACACUUGUUCACUGUGAUGAUCAGACAUGCAACACACAAGUUCCAUUACUCUACUUCACAUCUUUACAACAUUAUGCCACUUUUCGACUUCUAUAUGGAAAUUUUAUUCAAUUGACAAGGCUGUUGAAUAGCGGAGCAUUGCUGUCCUCCGGCAACUAUUGUUUGUGUUACAGUUGAUUUAAAACAAAAUCAGUAAUAAAUGUGAUUUCUCUUAUUUAUCCAAAAGUCUGCAGAUCACGAAGUUUUCUGAGCUGAUUCUCCUAAUUUUCUUGUUGGAUUUUAACCAGUUUUGGGUCAAAGGUUUUGGAGCAUAUUCAUAAAAACAUGGCUGGAUUUUAACCAUGUUCAUAGCAAUGAUAAAUAACAUGGAAAAGAAUUUGUAAUUUGUAUAAUUUCAUAGUUAAGGUUUUUUUUUGAAGUAUAUUUCUUCAAACUCUGAGCAGGAGAAAAUAGAUUCAAGUGGAAGUAGCAAUAGUAUGCCCUUAGCAUGUACAGAGGUAAUAAAGGUUACUUGAUACAAGUUGUUUUAAUGUAAAAUUCUUGUAUAUUUGUAUAUUAACAGAACAAAAAAUGGGCAGUGGCAAUAUACAGUCUUUGUUCCAGGUUGAAUAAAUGAUAAAAAAAAUUUACGUACCGUAGAUUGGGGGAUUUUUCAUCACUUUUAUUUCGCAUUUAGAAAAGAAAGCAUACAUAUUUGCAUUGUUAAGAAUUCACACUUCCUAUUUAGUUAUAUUGUUCUUAGAUAAUGCUGGGAAUAUUUACUAGAGUUUUGAAUUUGCAUAUUACUCUGGUUGCAAUUAAAAAAACAUUGUGAAUAUUCAGGAGUGUUUUGAAUUUACAUGUUGCUCUGGUGGCAAUUAUAAAUCCCUCGUGAAUAUUCGCAAGUGUUUUGAAUUUGCUUGCUCCUCAGGUUCAGAUAUAAAACAGUUGUGAAAAUAACCCCAUCUACAGUACUGAAAUUUAUGGUGUACCGUUAAAAUUUAUUUUGAGAAUAUAUAGGGACAAGAGCAAAUGAUUUCUUAAGUGCUUCUGUAUUUAUGUUCUCUUAAACUUGUUUCACUUUCCACUCUCAAUAUGGUUGUUAUUUAGAAAAGAAAAGUGUGUCAUAUCAGACAUGUGUACCAAAUGAAGUGCAGGUUUUAGUGGGAAUUUUAAAUAUUCUCAGAUACUCUUACAGUCAAACUUUGUUUGCUUGAACUCGGAUAAUUAGAAUACCACCCUUCACUCAUAAUCAGGUCCCAGCAAAAUCCUGUUAUAAUGUGUUUUGUUUGAUGCCUCAAACUACCGAUAACUCAAGUAAAUUUUGUUGGUUCUGUCAAGUUCAAGCAAACAAAGUUCAACUGUUCAUUAUAUUUAUAUGUAUUCCUGCAUCAUGUCUGUUUUUUUGCAGACUGUUUCAUUUCUAUAAUUUUUGCUUCGAGUUUAUAUCUUUCAGGAAAUCUAUUGGUGUAUGAUGAACUUGACUUGGAAUAUAAUGUUAAGUUUAAUUGUUUGUAUGCAUUAAUGCUUGUUGCUUAUGUACUUUUUUAAAAUUAUCUUUUCUGAUUUACAUCAGUGUGGAAAUUGGCCUCUGGAGCUAAAGAAAACCCUCAAAAAAAAAAACUGCUUCUCUUUGAGAUAAAUUUAAAAUUUCAGGCAAAAAAGCAGUAUAUAUCCACAGAGCAAACACUUAAGUAUUUGCUUUUAUAUUUAUACAGGUUUAAAGUAUGAAAAUUUGAUUUGAAGUAUUUUGCAGGUUAUUUAUAUUAAUAAUUUUAAAUAUCACUAAAAGCAGUAUUGAAAGAUUUAAUAGUACAAAAUUUAAUGUGCAUUUUUAAAUCAACAGUGUUAAAGAAUAGUUUCUUAAUGCAGGUACAUGUAUUUCGAGGUAAUGAAUAUAGUUGUUUAUAUUUUGUAAAUACAAAGAUAUUUAAAUAAAACAAUGAAAUUUCAAGAA